AUGAGUCAGUUGGUCAGUGAGUCAGUUGGUCAGUUGGUCAAUGAGUCAGUUGGUCAGUGAGUCAGUUGGUCAAUGAGUCAGUUGGUCAGUGAGUCAGUUGGUCAGUUGGUCAGUGAGUCAGUUGGUCAGUGAGUCAGUUGGUCAGUGAGUCAGUUGGUCAGUGAGUCAGUUGGUCAGUGAGUCAGUUGGUCAGCUGGAGCUUCUAGAAGUAUCUGUUUCUUCAGGAGAAAAAUCAGCAAACCAAGCAAACCAAUCCAGAACAAAGAGCGUGAAGAGUAAAAGUCACCUGAUGCGUCGUGCCGUUGUAUUCCAGGUGGAGAGGGGCGGAGUCAGAAAGACUUUCAAAGGAGUCCUGAAGAGGGUGCCAAGGCAAAGGCUCAAAGGUCACCUGCUGGAGGGGGGGCGGAGACUGGUGGCCUUUACCCUGGGGCUGCUGCUGGCGUCCCUUUACGGGGCCGCGGCGCUCUUCCUGCAGAAGCAGCCCCUGUGGCCAUGCGUCUACACCACGCUGGGCGCCGCCGGCCUGGCGGCCUUCGGCAUGGGCCUGUCGGCCGGCCUCCGGACGGACGUCGCCGUGUUGCUUCCCACGUUGUGCUCAGCUCGAGGGAAGCGCUUCCUCUUCUUCCUCUUCGCGUCGGUGCUGCUCACCGGACCCGUCGACAACACCCUGGAAAACAUGGAGCGGGCUGCCGCCAGCCUGGUGUGUGGCGCCGAGCUGGCAGCCAAUCAGACGCAGGCGCUCAUGCAGAGGGCGGCCACGCCCCUUUUGUCGGCGCUGAAGAGCAUCAGGCAGAUCAGCAGCAACGUUCACGCCGUAGCGGUACGAGUGCAGAGCUUCAUCAUCGCUCUGACCGACAGCGUCCGUCACGUAGCUCGCACUCUGAGAAACGUCCUCCACUUCCUGGUGGACGUCGGCGAGGAGUGCAACGCCCGGCUGGGCUCCCCGUACAGGAAGUGCCGGGCCGUGUUCGCCGAGGCCCGGGCCGACUGCGCCGCGCUGCUGGGGGACUUCGUCUUCCUGUGCGACGUGGUGGACGGCUUCCUGCCGCUGUGCGGCCUCGCCCGCGCCGCCGAGCUCUUCUGCGUCAUCCCCUCGUACAUCGCCGGCUUCCUGAAGAAACGACUGGCGGCUCCGACCGUUGCUGCGUUUGAGCGAAUGAAGCGGGAGUUCGACUUCAACAUCUCUGCCUCCAUGACCUUUGACCUGGAGGCCAACAGCAGCCGCUCUCUGCACCAGGUGGCUCAAGACAUCAUGGAGGAGGUGUCUUCAGACCUGCACGUCUUCCAGAAGAUCAGCGAAGCGCUGGCCUACGGGGGCCUCGUCCUGCUGGUCCUCUCCUUCCUGAGGGCGGUGAGGUACAAGCGCAGAUAUCUCCGUGAGCUCGACUUUGAUAAUGUUUACAUCACCGAUCUGUUCGAAAAGCUCAACCAACAGGUGGCUUCGGUAGGCGGGACCUCAGUCCUGCCAAUCACAGCCCGGGAGGCCAAGACCUACAUCAGACCACUUUCGUGUCACCUGACGUUCCGAGAGCGGCGGGCGGUGCUUGUGGGCGUGGUCUCUGUCUUCAGGCACCUGGUGGUGGGCGGCAUGCUGGUGGCGCUGGACUUCCUGGUCUUCUGGAUGCUGGAUCAGGUGCACCACCAGGUCAAGGGGGACGUGGUGGCCAGAGCCCCGGUGCUGAUGACAGUUCAGGUGGAGGGGGGGGGCUACGCCUCGGACAUCUUCAGGGACGUGGUGGCUGCGUUCAACGUCCUGCAGCAGGGGAACCUCACUGUGCUCAGCACCAAGUGUCAGCGGGAGCCCUCGGAGCCGGACUACGUCACCUGCUUCACCCUGGGGUUCCUGCUGGGUUUGGCUCUGCUGGUCUCUCUGUUUGGAGGAUUCAUGCAGCGCUGCAGACGAUUCAUCUGUGCUGCUUACCACCCAGAGAGAGAGCUGGAGAGGAUUCGGUUCCUGCGCCAGCAGAUCCUGGAUCAGAGGAGGGAGGUGGGGCGAGCCCUCAGGGCGUCUGCAGCCAGGAGCCGAGCCGACGGAGGAGGAGGAGGAGGAGGACGAAGUCGCUUUCAGACUUUCCUGCUGCGGUUACCUGCAGGCGCUCACCUGUCUCAUCUACUGACUCGUCCUUCGCUCACCUGUCUGUCCUGUGGGACGACGCUGAGACAGAACGACGUGGUCGCCUGUGACGUCCCGCGUUGUGCAGGCCUGUUCUGUCGGCCAUGUUUCCUCAGUCUGGGAAGCACGUGUGUCGUCUGCACGCGACCUCUGACCUCUGGGGAAGAGGGCGAAGAGGAGCUCGACUCCAGUGACGACGAGCAGCUGAACCCAAAGAGGAUCGCCACGGCAACCGGCCGAAGAACAUCCGUACAGGACGCAGGUGGAAGCAACAUCAUAGACUCCGACUCCCAGCUGAGUGAAGCAGACUUGACGUACCAGGACCGACUCGGGUCCGACGACAGCGACGACUCCUUCUACUCGGCCUCGUCUCGACGGAGCAGAAGCCCGAAGGACCUGAGCCUGCAGAGCGUCCUCGUGCAGGCACCAGACUGACUGCAGGACCCCUUCAGGACCCCCCCAGGACCCCCCAGGACCCCCCCAGGACCAUCUGU